AUUGGAGGGGAAGAUAAAUACUCACAGACUACAGAGAUGAAAGAAGAAGAGGAAGAAGAAGAAGAAUCUCCACGAAGAAGCUGUGAGAAACAAACAGCAAAGGGGAGAGAGAGAGAGGGAUAGGGUUUGCUAAAGACAAACAACAAGUUCUUUAAGCAGAGAAAAGUUUACAAAGAGCAAUCCUAAAGAGAAAAAAAAAAUAUUGAGAGAGAAAAAGAGAGUUUUUGGGAUAAUCUGGGUUAAAACCGAUCUGGAUUUAUUUUAUUUCUAGAGAUUUUUCUUAUUUUAAGGCCUUCAUCAUCUUCUCCUUAUGCAAUUAUCUUAUGUCUGGGUGGUCUUUGAAGAUUUCCUUUUGAUUUCCCUUUUGUACUCAUAGAUCUUGAGAUAUGGACAAAGACGAGAAAAACCAGAGAGCAAAUAAAAUAUUAGAGCCAGAAUUUUUCUUGCAGUGGGGAAAUAAAAAGAGGCUUAGAUGUGUUAGAGUAAGAGACCCUCAAAUCAUUUCACAUAGAUCCGAUGGUGUCUUUCGCAGGAAUAUUACAUCUCGGAUUGAUAGACGCGUAGUCUCUUCUGCCACAGAGAAAGAAACGUCUCAUCCUCAAUCCCAUCGUCUUACCAGCAACCAAACAGAGGAUUGGAAAACGAGGUUGGAUUGGGAUUUGGCAACCAAACAGACAGUUGAGAAUUCCUCCGAAUAUAAAAAGAGAAAAAGGAAUUCCGAGGCAGCAACACUUCGUUCAAGUCUGACAGAGAAUCGGAAAUCGGCGUCGCCGGAGAAAGAGGACAGGUACUACACGACAAGAGGGUCAGUGGGGUUGGAUGAGAAUGGAAAGAUUUCAAUGGAUGGUCAUGGUAACAAUGGGGAAGAUAAAGGCCAUCAUGUAUGGCCAAAGCUAUAUAUCACUUUAUCAAGUAAAGAAAAAGAAGAGGAUUUUAUGGCUAUGAAAGGGUGUAAGCUUCCUCAACGGCCCAAAAAGAGAGCCAAGAUUAUCCAAAGAAGCUUACUUUUGGUGAGCCCUGGAGCAUGGUUGACUGAUAUGUGCCAAGAGAGGUAUGAAGUGAGGGAGAAGAAGAGUUCUAAGAAGAGACCCAGAGGACUGAAGGCUAUGGGAAGUAUGGAAAGUGAUUCAGAAUGAAAGAUGUGCCACAUUUAAGCAGCGGAGACUUUUUUUUUUUUAAUUUUUUUUAGAAAAUUUUGGGACUUUGUUUGGAAAUCAUGAUAAUGUGAUGAAUAGGAGUUUGUUAGAAUGGGAGAAAGGGUAGUGAAGGAAAGUUUCUGCUGGAUUUUGUUCUUUUGUUGUUGUAUAGAUCUAAGCUUCAUUUAUAUAAUUGAGAAAAUAAAUUCUUUUUCUCAUUUUAUUUGCCAUAA